AUUCUGCGUUGCCGAAAUAAAUAUUUAUUUUACUGCAUUUCAUUCUCUGUUACAUUGCAAGCACGCUCUCGAUUUUACUUGGAUUUUCCCUAUUUUUAACUCCCGUACGUAAAUCUGCAAUCUGCAAGAAUACCCUAGUUUAGGUAUAGUCGGAGACCACCACGAAAGACUGCCUACGUCAAGAUGUAAACCGAUAUCUGAAAGCAAAUGGUUUACUACAUUGUGAACGAACACCAGAGCAUACUGUAAUGGGCACUUUCGUCGCAAUUUUGUUGCUAUGCUUGUUUUGUGGAGCCCCUGGCAAAUCCAUCAACUCCGUCAUGGGACCUUUCCGCAUCAUUCCUGGGCUUAUCGAGCGCUGCCCUCCUGAGCUAGAAGCAAAGCACCCUGUCGACUUCCACUAUGGACGUGUCCGAAGCCGCAUUAAACAAGACGUAUGGUUUUACUCUGGCAACGUGACGUGGCCCUUUCACUUCGACGACACCUUAUCGAUAAAAGCGACCAUAGCAUCGUGGGGCUCUGGUGGAGGUUGGAAGGACAACGCAUACGUCGUAAAAAUGGACAAAGUUUGUUCAAAUUUUAGAACUCACAUUCCGAAUUUGUGGCAUCAACUGGGCAGAGAUGCAUAUAACGACCCAAAUGUGAAAUGUCCUUUACCGGUCCAGCAGUGUUUAAAAACAUCACGGCUGAUUUUGGCUUUACCCCAAUUCCUUCGUUUUAUUACGGAAAAUACCGCAUCACACUUCUUGUUGCAAAAACAAUCAAUAGCGAAACUGUGGCCUGUCUGCGAGUCUUCGGUGAAACAGUACCCAAGGUAUAGGCACAAGAUAAACCAGUCAGUGGUCAAAAAAUUGUUCCGUCUCUUCCAUGUACGCUUUGGCGUUUUGGCGUUUGUUUUGUGUUAGAUAUUUUUUAAUUUAUUUACCUACAUUCUAAACAAAGCACUGAAAUAUCUAUGAUAUCUUGAGCUGCUUGGAAAUACAGUGAAGAGGUUGCAAGGUAAUCCUGUUAUAAAACAAGGAUGUGGCAUAUCACGAAGGAUGAGGAAUUACUAGCUGCCGCUAUGAAAGAACCUGAAAGUAAUAAUUAAAGCUUUAUUUGCUUGUA